UUUCCUCCAAUAGUCUGUCCAUUCUCGGCCACGCCCGCGCGAGUCUUUUCUCGCGAGGCCGGUUAGGCCCGAAUGUCGUUAGCUGUGGAGAAAGAUGGCGGAAAAUUUAAAAGGCUGUAGCGUGUGCUGCAAGUCUUCAUGGAAUCAGCUCCAGGAUCUGUGCCGCCUGGCCAAGCUCUCCUGCCCCGAGCUUGGCAUCUCUAAGAGGAACCUCUGUGAUUUUGAAGUCGAGUACCUGUGUGAUUACAAGAAGAUCCGAGAACAGGAAUAUUAUUUAGUAAAAUGGCGUGGCUAUCCAGACUCAGAGAAUACCUGGGAGCCUCGGCAGAAUCUCAAGUGCGUGCGUAUUCUGAAGCAGUUCCACAAGGACUUAGAAUCGGAGCUGCUCCGCCGGCAUCGUCGCUCCAAGCCACCUCGGCACCUUGACCCCACCUUGUCCAGCUACCUGGUGCAGAAAGCCAAGCAGAGGCAGGCACUCCAGCGUUGGGAGCAGGAGCUCAAUGCCAAGCGCAGCCACCUGGGACGCAUCACCGUGGAGAAUGAAGUGGACCUGGAUGGUCCCCCGCGGGCCUUCGUGUACAUCAAUGAAUACCGGGUGGGUGAGGGCAUCACUCUUAACCAGGUGGCUGUGGGCUGCGAGUGCCAAGACUGUCUGUGGGAGCCGGUCGGAGGCUGCUGCCCUGGGGCAUCCUUGCACAAGUUUGCCUACAACGACCAGGGCCAAGUUCGUCUGAGAGCUGGGCUGCCCAUCUACGAGUGCAACUCUCGCUGCCGCUGUGGUUAUGACUGCCCCAACCGCGUGGUGCAGAAGGGCAUCCGCUAUGACCUCUGCAUCUUCCGCACAGACGAUGGGCGCGGCUGGGGUGUCCGUACCCUGGAGAAGAUCCGCAAGAACAGCUUCGUCAUGGAGUAUGUGGGAGAGAUCAUUACCUCAGAAGAGGCAGAACGGAGGGGCCAGAUCUACGACCGCCAGGGCGCCACCUACCUCUUUGACCUGGACUAUGUGGAGGAUGUGUACACCGUGGAUGCCGCCUACUAUGGCAACGUCUCCCACUUUGUCAACCACAGUUGUGACCCCAACCUCCAGGUGUACAACGUAUUCAUCGACAACCUUGACGAGCGUCUGCCCCGCAUCGCUUUCUUUGCCACUAGAACCAUCCGGGCGGGCGAGGAGCUCACAUUUGAUUACAACAUGCAAGUAGAUCCCGUGGAUAUGGAGAGUACUCGCAUGGACUCCAACUUUGGCCUGGCCGGGCUCCCUGGCUCCCCCAAGAAGCGGGUCCGUAUUGAAUGCAAGUGUGGGACUGAAUCCUGCCGCAAAUACCUCUUCUAGCCCAUUGACAUAUAAAGCAAGACGGAACGUGUGGGCUUGUAGUGCCCCAUCCACGACCUCCCCCAUCCCACUGCUGCCUCCUGUCCAAGGAAUGACUCCCAGGGCCUCUGCCUGCCCUACCUGCCAGGGCUCUUGGUGAAGACUGAUUCCAAGGAGGCCCCUCUUCCUAUCCCAGCCCACGGGUGGGUUGCACUUACAAAUCCCUGCUCUAACCUUCAGCCGUGAUGUGUUGUUUGUUUCCCCAACACCAAUUUCUUCAGCAGUCAGGAUUCACGGGGUGUGAAGGCAGUGUAGGGCAUGAACCCCAGCCCAGUUCUGACCAGAAAGUUGUUUGGUUUUGCACCUGUUUUGGUCUAGAGUGUGAGGGGCUCUGCUACAGGCCUCUUCCUAGAGCCCGGAGUGUGUUGGGGUAGCAGCCCCAGGGCUGCUUGACAUCCCAGCCAGUGUCCCUAGCCCGAUUGCUUUUACCUCCUGCAAAUCUGUGUGCUGGUGAAAACAAGGAGACUUCAGUGGCUGUUUUUGUUCAUGCUCUCGCAUGCUGGCUAGUGUUGGCCUUAGAGCCAGAGGUUCCCUCUUUCAGGCCUGUGCACCUGAGAGAUGGCUGUCCCCAGGCCACUGAAGGGAGGAGGGUGCUUGUGUGGCCUGCUGAUAAGUGACACCAGGGCAUGUGCCAAAGGUUCUCAGGAACUCAGAGAGUGCUGGGACCCCUGCACUGGGAUGUGAAAACUGCUGGGACUACUCAGCUGGCCCAGGAUCUCGGAUGGCUGAAUAUAGCACUUAGUACAAAAAACGUACAUUUGUGUGUUGUCAGGCACUGGGAAGAACCCCUGGUCCACAUCUCAGGGAAGCCUUGGAAACUGGAGGUGGAUCCCAGGAGAGAGGUCCCAUUUGGCAGAAAGCAAAUUACAGGCCAGAAAUAGGGGUAGGAUUACCUAGUGGGAGUUGGGAGGUAAGAGGGAAACCCCCACUGCUCACGAGCCCCAUACCCUUGCCUUGUGUGCUUCCUUGGGCCCACCAGUCUUGAAAGUUAUCUCCCCACCAGAAUCCAGAAGGUGAAGGCACUGAUGGAUGCCUUGCCCCUUGCUUUUUCUGCGAGGUCUUCUCCAGGAAGCCUUCAUGAUUAUCUGUGCCCAGAGUACUCCCUCCAUAAGACUGUGUGACCUGCCACCACAUGCCAGAUUUGUGCGUGUGUUUUGUGUAUGUAUGUGUGUGUGUGUUUGUGUGUCUGUGCCCCCUGCUCCCAGACUGACCAGGCAUGGAUGAAUAUGGGUUCUCUUGUUUUAUCUCCUUUGGCCCUCCCCUACUUGGGGUGGAUAUCAAUAAAAGUGAGUUGUUGUCUAAACAAAAUGAAGUGUAA